AUGACUACUAAACUAAUUCAGGAUCCAACUGGAUUUAGUAAAUCUUUUGAAACCACAUAUCCUAAUGACACAUCAAAUAAUGAAUUUUUCUUCCAUAUAAUCAAUUAUAAUGAUAAACAGAUUAUUAAUAUAUCAAUAAAUGGAUUGAUUGAUACCACAUUUGAAUUACCCGUUUCAACUAAAUCAGCCAUAACUUAUGCUUCAGCUUUAGAAAUUUCCACGGAUCAUUUUGAUGAUGAAGAUGGUGAUGGAGAAGAAAUAAGGGAACGAGAAGUAAUACCUGAACCUAUCUUAUUGAUUGGAGAUUAUGCCAAUAUGAAAUUGCUGAUUGUUGCCACUCAAAUUAGUAAAAUAAUCAGUACCACUUGUCCUAAACCUACAAUACUAUCAAUUGGUUCAAAAUGGUUUGGUAAAGGAGAUGAAGUUAAUGAUGAUGAUUUUGAUAAAUUAAUGUUUAUUCUAGCAAAUGUAAAGACAUUGAUACAAUAA